GCGAAAAAAACGCAAGGGAGUCCAUGAUUUACAGCUACCGUCAUGGCUUCUCAGGAUUUGCAGCCUACAUGACUGACUUCCAAGCGAACAAACUUUCAGGUAGAGCAUCCCGACGUAGUUCUAGUGACGCGAAUCAUUACUACCAGAUGCAAACAACACGAACCUUUGACUACUUGGGGCUUUAUGAAUAUGAAAACACUCUUAAAGAGCUUCUCUGUAAGGCCAACAUGGGUGAAGACAUCAUCAUUGGCGUCUUUGACUCAGGCGUGUGGCCCGAGUCCGAGUCGUUCAACGACAGAGGGAAUUACGAUGAUGAAGUACAUAGGUUCCACAAGCUCGCCAUAAGCACUGAAAUCAGACUCACUGGUCCACUUGUAGCAACUCAAGUCGCUGAGUUCUCAAGUAGAGGACCAAACUCUCUGUCUCCCUACAUUCUCAAGCCUGAUAUAGCAGCUCCAGGUGUAGCUAUCUUGGCUGCUAGCAUCCCAUUUAUUUACAUGUUAACAUAGUCAAUUUUAAAGAAUCCCUUAAUAUUACCAGUAGUAACGAGAGCAGAAUGAAUAGCCGCAGGAGACCAGUCACUAUGAACAGCUUAUGACCAGUCAUUAUACCAUGUAAACAGAGCUUUAUAAAUGUUAUACGUGUAC